AUAAGAUUUUUAUUGAAACAACAAAAACCAAACUAUCUCGGAGUUCCUCACCCCCCAACAAGAGCUGCUUCACCUGAACCAUAUUCUCGGAAGCAAAUCCUGGAAGAAGGCCUGAAAGUAAGCAGGGUCUGCCAAUCUCUCUCAAAUGCCCCAAACCCUCUUUCUGAAGCCGUUCCUUUCAGCUCCUUUGAAUGACUGCAGUAGACCAGAGAUAUGUGGGACGUGCAUUAGCGAUAGGGUCAGUGUACGUGGGAGAGUGGGGGUAGUAUGUAUGGGGAUGUUGGCGCCGAGGAAAUUCAUGCAGAAGAGGAAGAAGGUGGAAGUUUUCAAGGACGCCGCCGACGAAGCCUAUCAAAAGAACUGGAGGAGGCUGAUGAAGGAGAUCGAGGAAGCAGGCUCGGCGGCGGCUGUCCUGAAGACUGAGAGGGCUCGGACGCAGGUGCUUCCGCGAGACCUCGUGUUGGGAACCUUAAAAAGGUUCAAGCAGCUAAAGAAAUGGAACCUUGUUAGUGAGAUUCUUGAGUGGCUAAGGAUUCAGCAAUGGUGGGAUUUCAGCGAGAUGGACCUACUGAUGCUUAUAACAGCUUAUGGAAAGCAAGGGGACUUCAACAGGGCUGAAAGAGUCAUGAGCUUUAUAAACAAGAAAAAAUGUGCCCCUAAUGUGAUUGCUUACACUGCCCUUAUGGAAGCAUAUGGUAGAGGAAGACGAUAUAACAAUGCAGAAGCUAUAUUUCGAAGGAUGCAGUCUUCAGGCCCUGAGCCUUCUGCUUUUACGUAUCAAAUCAUUCUUAAAACAUUUGUUGAGGGUAACAAAUUUGCGGAGGCUGAAGAAGUCUUUGAGACCCUUUUAGAUAAGGAGAGAUCCCCUCUUAAGCCUGACCAGCAAAUGUUCCACAUGAUGAUUUAUAUGUAUAAGAAAGCCGGAACUUAUGAGAAAGCUCGUCAGAUGUUCUCUUUGAUGGCCGAAAGAGGAGUGCAGCAGUCUACCGUGACAUACAAUAGCCUCAUGUCAUUUGAAACUAAUUACAAGGAGGUCUCAAAGAUAUAUGAUCAGAUGCAAAGAGCUGGUCUUCGGCCAGAUGUUGUGAGCUAUGCCUUGCUUAUAAAUGCUUAUGGGAAAGCCAGGAGAGAGGAAGAAGCACUAGCUGUAUUUGAGGAGAUGCUGAAUGCCAGUGUCAGGCCUACCCACAAAGCUUACAAUAUUUUACUUGAUGCAUUUGCAAUAUCUGGGAUGGUGGAGCAAGCACGAACCGUAUUCAAGAGCAUGAGAAGGGACAGGUACAUGCCAGAUCUUUGCUCCUACACAACCAUGUUAUCAGCCUAUGUGAAUGCAUUGGAUAUGGAUGGUGCUGAGAAGUUCUUCAGAAGGCUUAAGCAGGACGGGUUUGAUCCGAAUAUCGUUACCUAUGGGACGAUGAUCAAAGGUUAUGCCAGGGUGAAUAAAUUGGAGAAGAUGAUGAAGAUGUAUGAAGAAAUGCGAGUCUGCGGAAUCAAAGCAAAUCAAACUGUAUUCACGACGAUCAUGGAUGCAUACGGUAAAAACAAGGAUUUUGACAGCGCAUUGGUGUGGUUCAAGGAAAUGGAGUCUUCUGGGGUUCAUCCUGACAAGAAAGCAAAGAACGUGCUUCUCUCCCUGGCAAAAACAACGGAGGAACUUGCAGAGGCCAAUUUGCUCGUUGGCAAUGUAAGUCAGCAGCGCCCCGAGCUAAAGGUGAAUGGGGUUUUAAGAUUUGUUGAUAAUGAUGAUCACAAAGAGGAUGAAGAGGAAGAGGAAGAGGAUGACGACGAUGUCGUUGACACGGAAAAGGCAGUUUCUUUUGCGGAUCAAUCUGAGGAUCAGAUGGUUUCCGACCGAGCAGUUAAGGCUACCAUUUUGUCCUGAGUACAGUAGAUUGUGUUUCCUUAAACUUUGGAAACUUUUGAACGUUUAUAGCAGUGUCAUCAUGCACAGCUCCAAAAUUUUGUAAAGCAAUGUUACAGAAUCGUAUAUUUGCGGACUUGGAAUGCCUUAACAAAUUGGACCUCACUAUUGCAGCAAGCUUGCCCGUUCUUUACUGUUGAA